CGUUUAUUCUACAAUCGACUUGAAUAACCUGGUCAAUCCUUCUGCCAGAAAUUUGGAUACUGUGACUCUCCAUUACUGCAUAAAUUACCGUUCCAGACAUUUAUAUCAUUAUAAUUCUACACGUAUUUCCUUUAAUCAACUUUCCUCGUUACUUCGUUCUCAGCUUUGAGUUACAUUGUAGUAGAUGAUAUCAGGGCGUCUCGCUACUAAAAAUCAGUCCAUUCGCCAUCAAUCAACAUAGUUUUCUUAGGAAGAGAGGGAGGGACUGCGUCCGGUAUGUACAGUUCUCUUCCUGCUACAUGACUUGCAUGGAUAUUGACUCGGCCUAACUGGCUUUGCAUCGCAACAUAUGCCCUCACUCCUUCUAAGCCAACACAUGGUGAUCACUGGUUUUCCGUAGCAGUUCGGCCUCUGGCAUUGUAGGUUGAUUUGAAGGCUGUCUGUUGUUUAUCCCAGUCACACGGAUUCACACGGCUACAUCGCGAUCCAACUUCAUAAAGCAAUGAUAUUUAAACCUUCGAUGCGAUGUUUUGAUAAUGUCAUCCUAAUAUUUAAUCAUAGAAUUAAUGCAAUUGCAAAUGAAUAUUUAUACAAAAGCGACUCGUUCAAUUAUGGCAUUAUUGUUAAAGGUAAAUCGCACUCAUAAAAUCAUGGGACACCAAAAUAAUAGUGUCUGUUCGAGUUCCCCUUAACUACGUGUUUGACUUCUAAAAGUAAAAAAACCCACAUGUGUCCAAUAUUGCCGGUGACCAUGCAGGGGGUGAACUACCAAACUACCGGAGCGACUUCAUAAAUCAAUUAACGAGAACGAGUGAUCUCGAGAACUUAAAAACGUUGUUUUGAUGUGAUAUUUGAUAUUCCGGGUGGCUCAACGAGGAAUGCAAAUUGGAGUACUUGAAAUAAUUCUGUUUUGGUAUCGGUGGGAUUACUCGUAAAGCAAAGGAAGCUAGCGAAAGUCACAUUUGUGGGUUUAGGAUUCGUUUGAUUGUCAUCAAUGAUAUGUCGAAGCAACAGAACCCGUACCUCGAUGGGGGCGUCAAGACUGUAAAUACGUCACAACACAAGGAGAGUGAGAAAGCAGACGACACCCCCAGCGAGGGUUCUUCCACUAUGAAGUGGAAGAUGAUCUUGGUUCUGGUGAUCGUCCAAGCCAUCUAUGUCGGUGUGGGAGGCGUCAUUUUCCACUUUAUCGAGGAACCGAAUGAAACCGCCGUCAGGUCCAACUCGAUCACUCUCUCAACUGACUUUCUAAGUAACUACAGCUGUAUAACACAGGCACAAAUGGAGGCAUUCGUCAAGGCGGUCAUCAUUGCUUACGACCAAGGCGUGCUUACCGGCAAUACGACCAGCUCACACACCAACUGGGACUACGCCAGUGCCAUCUUCUUCUCAAGUACUGUCGUUACGACAAUCGGUUAUGGGAAUAUAGCACCAUCAACGGAAGGAGGCCGCGCCUUCUGUUCUGUCUACGCUCUCAUCGGAAUCCCAUUAAAUCUCACCCUUCUCGCAGCAAUCGGCGAGAAGAUGGCGCGAGUUGGUGAACGACUCAAACAUAUAAAAUCAUUGAAAGACAAACCAAGAGCUUGUGUGACAGUCAGGUUGCUCGUCUGUGUAGGUGUGGGUGCCGUCUGCUUGGUAUUCGUCCCGUCCGCCAUCUUUGUGGCGGUCGAAGGCUGGACUUAUGGAGAGGCAUUGUACUAUUCCGUGAUUACCUUGACAACAGUGGGGUUUGGUGACUAUGUGGCAGGCUAUAAGUACUCUGGAAAUCUGCGCAGUCUCUACCGCAUCACCCUAAGCUUUUGGAUCGUGUUUGGCUUGGCCUGGGUGGGCUGGCUCAUCGGCGAUGCCCAGGAGUUUGGCACCACCGUCAUAACAAGAAUAGGCUCUGUAAAACACUGCAAGGAGGAUCUGAAAAAGGAGGAUAAGAAGAGUGGAGACGACAAUCGGAGUAUUAAAGACGACAAGAGAGGUCAAACGAAUGAAAUGAUGAUGAGUUCAGUGGAAGACGCCUAAGUAAAGAUGUCCAUUUCGAUUUGAGCAUGUUUUUGGGCGCCUGGGGUCUUCAGCUCGCGGUCAACACGAGAGAAACUCAAGACACAUAGUGCCAAAGUGAGCCAGCUUAUCACAGAUCAGAAUAUCUCUUCUAGGGGGUCAUUCUACGCCGGCGUCACUAUGGGAAUAUUCAGCCUGUCGUCUGCUAUCUGAUGACCCAAAGGAUAGUUGGAACAAGUUGCAGAAAGAGUGUUCAGACGGUUGUCGUCGUCAUCAUCAUCUUUGUACUCAUCAUCGACAUCAUGAUCGCCAUCGUCAUCAUCAUCGCAAUAAUCAUUUUUGUCAUUCCCAUCAUUAUCAUCAUAAUCAUCAGUUUCGAUCUGACGUAAUCAGUAGUUGAUCUAUUUGAUCUUUUAUAAUGUUUUUAUUGAGUUGUUUGUAUUCUUCCUAUUUUUUAAUACGUUUUGUUGAAUAAAGUCAAUACACUAAUGGUCUAACUGACUGUAUCUUUUUCAUUACGCUUCAUAUUGACUUCAUUUACGUCAUAAGUAUUAUAUUUCUUCUAAUUACAACCUCCUCGCUACAGGUAAUUAUCGAGUUUCCACGUGGGCAUCAAUAAUUUGAUAUCGGAAAUGUACGGCUUACAUCACGCUGAAUCUGAAAAUGUGUUGUGGAGUAUGCAAUUAGUGCCACUGACAUAAGACUACUGCCUUAGGUGCAGCACCCAGUCUAUACCAGCUGAUGUUAAACUAUUGAUUUUGGUCUUAAACGGUGUUUAUUGAUGCGUUUCCAUGACUUUGAGGAGUUGAUACACCGCGCGGUUACAUGGGUUUCUACG